UCCUGUAGGCGGAGUUGUCAACGCGACAGCUCGAUGUCAAACGGUUAGAAAACCUUGUUCUCGGAGUCAGCACCGGUGAAAGGGGCUCCGUCGCCGGCUCAAUCCGCCGAGGAGCCGUCGAAUGUCGGUGUGUUAGCGGACCAAAGCCGCCGCGUGUUCCCGUUUGCAAGCGAGCAGCUCACGCGGCUAGCGCGCGAGCUAAUCCCGGAGCCAGGAUGAUGGCGUCCAGCUACAACGCCAAAGACGAGGACGGACACAUCACGAUGUCCGGGCCCGGAGCCUCGCUCCGAAACAAGAAGCCCGAGAACACCGCCUUCAAGCAGCAGAGACUGCCGGCCUGGCAGCCCAUCCUGACGGCGGGCACCGUCCUCCCGGCCUUCUUCAUCAUCGGCCUCGUCUUCAUCCCCGUCGGCAUCGGCCUGUACGUGACGUCCAACAACAUCAGGGAGUACGAGAUCGACUACACGGGCACCAACGCCUCCAGCCCCUGCUUCAACUGCUCCCAGAACUUCAGCUGGAACAACACCAGGCCGUGCACCUGCUCCAUCUCCUUCACCCUGGAGCAGUCCUUUGACAGCAACGUCUUCAUGUACUAUGGACUCUCCAACUUCUACCAGAACCACCGGCGCUACGUCAAGUCCAGAGACGACAGCCAGCUGAACGGGGACAUGGAUUCGCUGAAGAAACCCAGCAAGGAGUGCGAGCCCUACGCCUACAACAACAACAACAACCGGCCCAUCGCUCCGUGCGGCGCCAUCGCCAACAGCAUGUUCAAUGACUCGCUGGAGCUCUUCUUCCAUGAUCCCAACGGCACCAAAACCGCUGUCCCUCUGACCAAGACGGGAAUCGCCUGGUGGACGGACAAACACGUGAAGUUCAGGAACCCCGGGGGCAACAACGCCAACCUGACGGAGGUUUUCCAAGGGACCAGCAAGCCGGUGAACUGGCGUCGGCCCGUCUACGAGUUGGACUCGGACCCCGACAACAACGGCUUCAUUAACGAGGAUUUCAUCGUCUGGAUGCGAACCGCCGCCCUGCCCACGUUCCGCAAGCUGUACCGCAUCAUCCACAAGAAGAACAACAUGGUCCCCACUCUGCCUCGCGGGAACUACUCCCUGGACGUGGUCUACAACUUCCCUGUUCGCAGCUUCGAGGGCCGGAAGCGCAUGAUCCUCAGCACCAUGUCCUGGAUGGGAGGCAAGAACCCCUUCCUGGGCAUCGCCUACAUCACGGUGGGCUCGGUCUGCUUCUUCCUGGGAGUGGUCCUGCUCAUCAUCCACCACAAGUACGGCAACCGCAACAACAGCGCUGACAUCGCCAACUGAAGAGGCGGAUGUCUGCUCGGUCACAAUGUCGUCCGAAGUGAAGCUCAAGAAUCAUGUGACCGCUCCACUGUCAAGACCUCAUUCUUAGCUUUAGCAUGUGUGUGUGCAGCAAAUCCUGUAGGCCUCGUUUAAUGCAUGUGAUUACAGCGCCCUCCACCGGAGUGUUCUGGUACUGCGUCUAUCUCGAGCCGUUAACCUCUCGAGCGUCGUCUCGCGUCCUCUCCAGUUAUCGUAUGUGGCGGCUUCGCUAGCUGCGGCCUGGACGAGGAAGAUGUGACGCUCCAGCCCGAGCUCAAGUUAGCAUCACGCUACAAACCUGUCCAAAGCUUUCCUCCCGCGCCAGUUGACGUCUGGAAAGAUGGGAAACGUGAGCAAAAGGCUUUUCUAGCCUGCGCCUCCUAAAACACCAAGCUUGUUCCUCUCCUCCCCCCGAACCAUUCCAUGGUGCGAUCGUUCUUUCCUCUUCCUCCUAGCUCAAGUUCAGCUGUCUGCACAUCGGAAACAACCAUCGGCGUCUUUGCUUUUGCCUCACCAUCCUCCUGAGUUAGCAUUUGUUCACUUCCUUUCGUAAAUGAAGCGCCACCCGCUGGGAGGGCAACAGAACUGCAGCAUCAAUGUUUCCACUAUAGACUGUAUCUGGUGGUUCUGCUGAUGUUGAGUCUCGGGUCAUCACAGCAUGAAGACAGCAACCGUGUGUGCGUGUUCUGAGCGAGUGUGUCGGUCACCCGACUCCUGUUUUUAAUCUGGACUGCGAGGCCCGCUGCAUGUCGCCGGAGUUAUUUAUUAAAGCUGCAAGUGAGACGUGCACUGGAUUUGUUGUUACUGUAAUGUUGUUGCUUCACAGGAAUAAAUGUUGAAUGACUCCA